AUGCUAGUUGGUGAUGUCACCAUUACUGCAUCACGGAGCAAAAUAGUUGAUUUUUCGGAUUCAAUAUUGGAUAAUUCUUUAAGUAUCAUUGUUCGGCGCACAGCUAAUGCCAGUCCGGAUCUUUUAGGGUUCUUGGCGCCGUUCUCAUUUAAACUUUGGUUAACACUCUUAGGUGUUGCUAUCUAUGGUGGUAUUAUAAUCUGUCUAUUUGAGCGAAAAGGAAACGAAGCAUUUCGAGAUAGAUCAAUCAUUUCUUCAGGCGCAAUGAGUGUAUGGUUUUCUGUUGGCACUAUUCUGGGAUAUGGUGCGGAUUUUCACGUCGCAACAGCUGCUGGACGCUUGUUUACUAUUGGUUUAUAUAUGUUAUCCUUGAUAUUAGUAGCAACGUAUACUGCAAACUUAGCAUCUGAUCUAACAAUAUCAAAAUCACAGAGUGUAAUUUCCGGAAUUGAUGAUAUAAGAAAAGGAAAGAUACCAUUUGGUCGUAUUGGUAUCGUUGUCGGUUCAGCUGUUGAACAGUAUUAUUUACGAGAAAUCUCCGACGAAAAUCGAAAUUAUUAUUCAUUAAAGUCACAAAAAGAGAUAUAUAGCAAACUACUGAGUGGUGUAAUUGAUGCAGCUAUUUCAGAUACCGGUCUUUUACAAUAUGCAACUAACCAAUUAUAUUGCAAUUUAACGAUUGUUGGUGAAGAUUUUGAUAAGAGUGCAUAUGGUAUUGUUAUGCCACAACAAUGGCUUUAUAAACAAGAUUUAGAUGUGAAUAUAAUAUCACUACAAGAGUCAGGUGCUAUUGAUAACUUGACCACAAUAUGGUUUGAAACAAGCAAUUGCCCUGAUCCAUCUGUUAUAUCUACUAGUAUGGGCAUUGAAGCAAUGGGUGGUUUAUUUAUUAUCUUUGAAGCCAUCAGUGUUCUGUCACUAUUAUUAUUCUUGUGGACUCAACGGUUGAGCAUAAAAGAUUAUCUACUGACAUCAGCAUGUCGAAAGAAGCCAUCAGCCCAACCAGAUGCUUGA